AUGGGCGCCGAGGACAUCUCAGACGUCCAGCGCGAAUAUGCCACUUUUUCAGAGCUGGGCAAGGCAGGCAUCGUGGAUCAAAGGAUCGUAGACAAUCUUGUCGUCAAGAGAGGCAUUGAUGAAAUGACCGAAGUCCAGCGGAUGACUAUCAAUGAGUGUUUGGACGGGGCCGAUGUCGUUGCUCAAGCUCGCACUGGUACCGGAAAGACUUUGGCAUUCUUGACACCGAUCGUGCAGCGCAUACUCAAAGACUCAUCGCUAGAGGGCAGAAGACCAAAUAUUGGCGAUACCAGGGCCCUCAUCAUCUCUCCAACUCGAGAAUUGGCAGAGCAGAUUGCCGCAGAGGCCCGAAAGCUCGUCUACGGAACAAGAGUCCAAGUGCAGACUGCCGUUGGUGGUACCCAGAAGCAGUAUCACCUCAAGCUUAUGCAGCGCAUGGGCUGUCAUAUCCUUGUUGGCACACCCGGUCGGAUCAAUGAUCUGUUGUCAGAUCGCUACAGCGGACUCAAGCUAGACAACAUUGAAACGUUUGUACUGGACGAGGCUGAUCGACUCUUGACCAUCGGAUUCUCAGAGGCAAUUGCCGAGAUUCAGUCUUACAUGCCUCCUCUCGAAACCAAGGACCGUCAGACUCUCAUGUUCUCAGCCACCAUGCCCAAGUCUGUAGUGGGUCUGGUAAGGCAGACCAUGAAGCCAGACUUCAAAUUUGUUAGAACCAUCGACCCAAACGAAGCUGCCACGCACGAAACAGUACCGCAGAAAGUUGUCUACCUCCCUGCUCUCCAGAACCAAAUCCCUGUCGUCACCGAAAUCGCCUACAAAGCUAUUCAGGCACACAAACAAGAUCCUCAAAACAAUCUCCCCUUCAAGGCCAUGGUUUUCUACAGCUCUGUGAACGAAGUGAGAUUGGCUUACGAAAUCCUGAAAAAUCUUGGUGACCGUAGCCAAAGAGGCGGAUUCUUCGCCCCCCAUCCCCUAUCGCCUUGUAAAGUGCUUGAGAUAUCCUCUCAACUCACUCAGACCCAGCGCGAGAGAAACACCCAAGAGUUCCGCAACUCGACCAGCGCUAUCCUGGUUGCCUCUGAUGUUGCCGCUAGAGGUAUGGAUUUCCCAGACGUCACCCAUGUCAUUCAAGUCGGUUUGCCCAGAACUACUGAGGACUACAUCCAUCGACUUGGUCGAACGGGCCGUGCUGGCAAGUCGGGACAGGGUUGGCUGAUCCUGCAGGAUGACGAGCGGUACGAGUUCAGGUCACUUAUGCGCGACAUUCAUGCGCACAACAUCAGCGAAGACGAGACUUUGGAAACAAGCAAGCUUGACAUGACUCAACCCUCACAAUUGUCAGUGGAUGCUGGGAAGAUCAUGCAGUUCGUUGAGACGGGAGUCAAGUCUACUUCGAUGAUUGACAAGGCGAAGGCGUACUUGACUAUCAUGGGCGGCAUGGUCCAAAGCCAGGCCAGCAGGAGCAAGCAAGCCAUUGUCGACUUGGCCAACGACCUUGCGAAGUAUGGCUGGGGUCUCGAGACUCCUCCUCGGGUGUCCAGCCACUGGGUUUCCAAGAUGGGAUUCCAAUCUACGAACGGUCUCAACAUAUCUGCAGAUAUGGAUCGCAUGGAUCGCGACCCCAGACAGAUGAGAGGUGGAGACCGAGACCGGAGAUCGAGGGGUCGAUUCGAUCAGGAAGACCCAUUUGGUGCCGGUGGAGGCAAAGGCGUCUUCCGAGGCGGUUCUUCUGAAUCGGGCUUUGAGAACCGUCGAUCCGGCGGCUUUGGCGAUCGAGGCGAUCGGGGCGCCCGAAGGUCUGGUGGCGGUCACAACGACCGACGUUCUCGCUACUAA